UGAUUUCUUAUACAAGCAAACUACUCUAUGUUAUAGUUGUGUUAUAUUUUUGUCUGGUUUUAAACACGAAUAAAGAAGUACCAUUUAUAAUAAUCAAAAAAGAAAUACGGCCCUCAAAAUUUCAUUUCGUCUUGGGCCUUCAAAAAAAAGUUGGAACGACCCUAAUUAUAUAAACAACUCAAACUGAAUAACCAUAGUACCAUACCACUAAAAUGUUUAUAAUUUUUUUUUUCGUAUUUUUAUAAUACUUACAUAUAAACUUUAAAGUUUUAUUUCUUAGUUUCUAUUAAGUUUUGGAGAAAGUGUAAGGAAACUCUUUCUCUAUUUCGGGUGACUUUAACACACGCUUUCUUUUCCAGUCAUCUUUCAUGACAUUACUUUCACUCCGGUUAAUGAUGUUGGUUACAGUGGGGACUGAGUAGAGACACAACUUUAAUGGGCCGUAUCAGUUGGGUCUGGCCCAGUUUCCAUUACGACAAACACUGGGCCCACCUGGCGAUUUUAACGUGGUAGAUGGACUGGUCAUCAUGAUUCCUUUUAAAUAGAGUCAAUUCAAAACAUAAAACAAAAAGCCUCGAAUUUUGCUUCUAUCACGGACUUCCCCAUUCCCUUUAGUCGGUGGAGGUGAAAUCACUACAAGUUCUAUAACAACAUCAUCUAUCUAUCUUUCUGCAUGAGUAAAUUCUAAUACAUUUGGUCGUGGAGUAUCUGAAUAGAGUUCAGCGGGUCGUGCAUAGUAAUUUUCCUAACACACUGGAGAUGUUUUAUCAAGGUGCGUGUGGAAAUAAGACGGAUGAGAUUAUUCCUAUAUAUGGUUCUGGAAUGACGGAUUUGUUUCCUACAAAUGUUUUCAAGGCGGAAAGCGGAGUUACACUUGCCUCUAGUGGUCCGUUUUCGAGAAAACGGUUACGUGAUUCGUCGUCUUUCAAUCCGCAUCCGAAUCAGCAACCGUUUGGUGUGUUUGAGUUUUUUAACGAUGAUAUCGCGUCGCAGAUUUAUCAACAGCAAUUGGAGAUCGAUCGCUCCGUUGCUCAUCAUACGGAGAAGGUGAGAAUACAAAUCGAAGAAAUGCAAAUGCGAAACUCGAUGAAAUUAACCGCAGCAUACGAACUAAUAAACAAAAGAUUGAAAACAAAAGAAGACGAAAUUCAUAAAAUGGUAGAGAUAAACCAAUCGCUAGAAGAGAAGGUAAAAUCGAUGACCGUAGAGAAUCAAAUAUGGCGAGAAUUAGCUCAAACAAACGAAGCAACCGCCAACGCGUUACGAAACAACCUCCAACAAGUACUAGCAGAGAUUCAUUUCCAACAAGAAAACCAUUUCAGAACCAAUGGCAAUGAAGACGAUGCUCAAUCACAAUGCGGAGGCAAUUUCGACGAUCAAGACGGUAGUGGAAGAGAGAGAAAAGAUGAUAAUAAUGAAGUUGAAUGGUAUAAUAAAAAUAGAAGGGGUAGGUGGUGCCGAAAAUGUGGGAAGGAAGAGUCAAGCGUGUUGUUGGUACCGUGCAGGCAUCUGUGCGUGUGUAGGCUGUGUGUCUCCAACGUCGACAAUUGCCCCGUCUGCAACUGUGUAAAGUCUGCCGGGGUACAGGUUAACAUGGGUUAAAUAUUAAUUAAUAUCUUUUGGCUUUGGGAAAUGUAAUUAAAUUCUUUUUUUAUUAUCAGGAAAAAGGAAAUUUUAGUUGUUUUUUUUUUUU